AUUUUGAAAUAAUAGGAGUUAUAAAAACUGUAAUAGAUAUAUCGAUCUCAUUGUCCUUGGCACAACUAGUUUAAAACAAAAUCAAGAAUAAUUAUAAUAUAUAUCACUUUCUUUGCCCCCAAAAAAAAAAAAAAAAAAGAUCCGCAUGCAGGAGCCAUGCACUAAUAGGAAGAAAAAAACGACACCAAGGAAGUGAACAAUAAAUUUCAGGUCUUGUUAUGUUCCACGUCUUUUGUUGGGGAUAUUUAAGUUGUUCCAUGACUUAAUGCCUUGAUGAUCCUUUUUAUGUAGGUGUACAUUACUUUAAAACGAUAAAUCAUAUAUUUUCAAUAUAUUAUAGCGUCAUAUACAUAGAGUUCAUUUGCAUAAAUCAUAGUCAAUCGGUGGCUAAAAUGUUCAUAUAAUUUUUCAUGAGACCCCACUAUUUCAAACUUGUAGCACCUUGUAAUUAUAAUGUUUUGAACCCAAACCCGAAACCUAAAACAGAACAACGUGAACUGAUGCUAUUUGAAAGAAGGUCCCAUGACUAUCUUUAAUGUAAUCGGUUCCAAAUUAUUACAUUUAUUUUAUUUAUUUUUGUAAAGAAAAAAGAACAAAGAAAGAAGAGUGGGUCAUGUUAAAUUUGGACCGUCUAUUUUCUUCUCUUACGUACGAUAACUCACAUGGCCUUUUGAUUCCUUUGAAGCAAUCAAUGACCUCUCUUCUCCGAUUUGAUUCCUUUGAAGAGACGACUCUCUGGCCUUUAUAUAGAUGUAAUUGUAACCCUAAAUUCUCAAGGUCUCCCAUCCAAGUUCUCCGCCAAAAUUUAAAAAUUCCUACCAUUAUUGAUUCUGCAGCCGUUUCUCCACUCACCAUGGCCUCCAGCUCCAACCCCACCGGAGAAUCUUCGAGAAGAAUUGUCGACGAGGAAGUAUCCGUGUUGUGGGACCUCAACACUUGUCCGGUGACGGAUCAUUAUUAUCUGACCAAGAUUGUUGACUCUAUAGAAAACUCCUUAAACGACUUACAUCGGAACAACCCCAAGCUUUAUCCCAAAUUGCGUCUGUCAUCAACUAGGAUUGUUUGUGGCGAUAAAAAGAAUUUUGGUACGACUGGUACACGUAUCCUUAAAAAUCAAGGUUUUGAUCCAUUUUAUGCAGUUGAGAGAGGCAAUGGGUGCAGCCAACACAGAAGAGCCAAGAGCACUGAACCAGCGGCAGAUUGUCUUUUAGAAACGUAUGCUUUGAGAUACGCCGAAUUCCGUCCUCGGCCGCAUCCGCCACGGAACAUACUAUUCAUUACAAGUGAUUACCGCUUUCACGCUACAAUGGAUAAUUUCUUUCGCGGAAACCAUUUAAUCUUCUUAGCUUACAAAUGCCGUACUUCACAUCCAAAUUUUGGAUUACACACGAACUUUGGCUGGGAUUGGGAAGAUAUGGAACUCGGUCAAAAUGGUUUGAAGAUUGACAACUUUACGCUUCCAGGGGUUUAACAAGACUAAUAUCAUUUCCUAUUAUAUAUAUAUUUCCUAUAUUUAUGUAUUUUCAUCUUAUUCUUCAUGUAAGUUUUAAUUUUAUUUCUAUGUAUUUUCAUCUUAUAUUCUCCAUGUAUUGCUAUGUAAUUUCUUUAUAAAUUUUAUCUAUGUGUUUGGUAUCUUUUUUGAAGCUCAA